UAAUAAGACCUUCAAAGGUAGGUAACCACGUAGGCCUAUAUGUUAAGAUUUCAACCUAGUAAAUGUUUAGUAAAUUCAGCUGCAUUUGUCGAGAUAUGGUUCAUUCUAAAUUGAGAUUCGUCUGCAUCAAGGAGCUAUAGGCCUAUGUUGUGUAGACUCCUACUUGUGGAGACAACACUGGACGGUAAGAUGGCAUGUACGGGUAUACUAUACUAUCUUAAUGGCCAACUCGGUCUCUCGGGUGUGCGGGGCUGUUCUGAUCCCCGUUGUGUUAGUUGCGAGCAUUGGAUGGAGGGUCGCCGCAAUUGCUGUGAAUGCGUUCUACAGAGCUUUUCCCACCGCUGGGCAGCUUCUCUCAAAGUGUUUCAACACCAUGUACGCAGGUGACAGAAGCAAGCACAUUCUGAUUACAUUGCCGUACUCUCAUUUCUGUGAGAAAGUGAACUGGGCAUGCCAGCUGUCUGGAGUACCUGUAGAAGAGAAGGGGUACAUCCCCAUAUUUCAUAAUAUUACCUUGUGGCACACGGGCAAGAACAGCAGUACGCCCGUUAUGAUAACAUCGCAGAAUACAGUUCUUCCACAAUCGACAGACAUCAUGCGUUUUUUAAAAGAGAGAAAUCUGAAAAAGUUUGAAAAAGACUGGAUUUUCCCGUGUGAAGAGGCUGUUGAAAUGGAUGCUCGUUUUUCUGAAGCAUUUGGCUAUGGCCACGCUGCGUUUUGUAUUGUUUACUGUUAUCUCUACGGCGAUUCCCUGGGUAAGCAUCGUUUACGAGAGGUGUUUCAGAAGGGAGUACCGAAAUGGCAGGCCGCCUGCGUAGGUCUCUUAUGGCCCAGUGUCGAAUUCAUCUUCACUAGGUUUGUCAACAUAAAAUCUGCGGACUUCUUUCGCAAAAACCAAACAAUUGUGAAUGAGGUCUGGGACAAAGUCGAACGCUUGUUGGCCGACGGAAGGAAGAACAUUUGUGAUACCCCGGAGAUAUCUGGGGCGGAUAUCGCUUUUGCCGCUUUAUCGUACCCUCUCGUUCUUCCACCCGAGAUGAAUGAAAAGUUCAUGGCAUUCGAAAAGGGCACCAUACCCGCACAAUACUAUGACGAGGUGAAGCGUAGGAGAAACACCGCAGCCGGGAAAUUCAUUCUUCGACUAUACCGUGAGCAUCGCCACAGAACUGCCAUUUUGUAACUCGCCAUGAACAGUUUUAAUUAUAGCUUGUCUUUAUCUAAACUGUGAAACGUUAUAGCAAAGUAAAGUGAGCAAAUUGCUUAAGAACAAUAAGUCAACAUGAUAUUAUUUCUAUUUUAAUUACUUUUAUUUAUAAUCUUACUCAACCUAUAAUGGAAAUGCAAAAAAUAAUGAAAAUAAAUGAAAAUUAACGCCUCAAAUCAACCAAAGACAUCCAAAAGUAUGCGGUUCAGCGUUUUAUAUCCGUCUCAUUUUUAUACUGAGUAUAGAUUUUUAUUACAUUUUUUCUGGAUA